AUGCAAUCAAUAUAACCAGAAAUUAUGAGAAAUUUUGAUUUUUAUAAUAAAGCAACUUGGCAAGAAGUGAAACCAUAAAUAAGAACAUUUAUUGAGUUAUUUUAAAAAUAAUAAUAAAUCUCAAUUCAAAAUAUUGAACAAUUCUAUUAAAAUUUAGAGUAUGAUCAUUCUUUUAUUCAAUGGCUUUUCCCUAAUUUUUAUUCAAGUAGAUUUAAUUCAAAUUGUUAUAAAUUAACACUUGUAGAAAGAUAUUAAAUGAUUAAUUCAGAAACAAUACUUGAGAGAUAUUAUAAAAAUUAUAUAAUGAUUUUACGCUUUUUUGGUAUUGGAUUAAAAUAAGUGGUAAUUAUGGAUACACAAAUUGAUGAUUCUAUUAAGAGUAAUACUAUUAAUUAGUAGUCUUAAUAAUAAAAAUAAAUUAUAAAAAUCUAAGAAUCUAAAGAUACAUAAGAAAAAAAUAAUUAGAUUAAUUCAAAAAUAUUUCCAUAAAAGACUAAUUAUAUAUAAAUUGAGAAAUAAUAAUAUUUAAAAUAAAAAACUUAAUAAAAUAUUAGAGGUAUUAAUUAAUUAUAAUAAUUACAAUAAUAAUUUUAAUAACCAAAAGAUACAAAUACUUUGAAUAAUAUUUAAAUCAAAAAUAAGAGUAUAGAUUAAAUUGAAAUUAAUUAUAAAUUAGAAUUAAUAUUAAUUGAUAAGAAUUAAUUUGAACUAUGUUUUUUAAAAAAUACUCAUAAUUUAUUAAGAUUAAAAAGAAUACUAGCAUCUUUAAGUGUAUUAAAACAUAGAUAAGAUGCAAUUCAAUUAUGUUAAUUUUUAAAAAGAGAGUUAAUAAAUUUAGGUAGUUUUAAAAUAUAUGAAGAGUAUUUUAGUGGAUAUGAUAGAUAUUAUGAGGAAAUAUUGGGUAUAGAAUCUAAUAGAGAUAAAAAUAGAAAUUUUGAUUCAUAUAAGUUUUGUUAUGUUGAUAAGGAUUUAGUGGAAAAGAUCGACAUUUCAUUAAUUUAAUGA